CUUCAGCUUUCAUCAUAAUAAAUCUCAAUUAAAAAACACUCAAAAUUCUCGCUAUUUCGAAAUAAUGAGUUGAUAAAAAUCUUAUCACUCGAAAUCUAUAGAACCUUGCCCAAUCUCUAACCAUUCACAUCGAACAUCAAAAUACGCUUCAUUGAUCAGCGAUCACUGAUCAACAGGUUUGCCUUAAGAGCAUCUUAUGAAAGAUCUUAAGAGCAGUCGAGGGCAGCAUCGCUUGGGACCGAGAGAGCCCCAAUCUCUCUUCAGGCUUUUAUAUAUCUCUUCGACGGGUCUGGCUGUAUUCUUGUCACUUUGAUAAGGCCACCUUGUGGCGGUGCAAAAACAACAUACACAAUCGCAAAACGGCAAGCGCUCUCAACUCUCGAAUAAAAAUCGUUGCCAAUUCGCUUAAAUUUGCAGGCCAAUUCUCAAAACGAAUUCAGUUGAAAAAGGCGCGUUGUGCGAACCGGGUAUCAACGAUUUUUAGCGGUUUAUUUUCAACCCAAAAAAAAAACAGACUGAAACCAAAAUACAAACUCAUCAGCCAAAACCAAACUCAUUGUAAAUACUUUGUAAGAUCAAAGAACCUAAAAAAAGUGUGUAAAAACAAAAGAAAAAAGACAUAAAAAACUAAAGCAAAAGAAGAGCAAAAAACGGUAGCCAAGUAAAAGACCAUACCAUGGCCAUAGAGUCACGCUCUACGAGCACUGCAAGUGAUACCACAAAACCAGCUGUGAAACCAACAAUAAGUUCCAAAUCUCCAAUAACCAUCGGUAAUCUCGGCGAGAAGCGGCGGGCCGAACAGCUGUUCCGUUGCGCUUGCGCAAAUUUCAAUCUCCUGCUGUUAACUUUGAUACUCGGCUUUGGCAAAUGCUGCAGUGCCACGCCCACACCACUGAUAACGCCCUCAACGGACACGCCCACAUCAGCAGUUAGUACACCAGCUUUGGCCGACGAGGGCGGCUCGUUGAGCAAACUGAUCGAUGGCAAGGCCUUCAUCAACAUGGGCUUCAAGUUUCUGAACGUUUCCGGAAAGAUUGGCACACCCCUCGGCAUAGGGCAAUCCCUAUUGGCAAUAUGCGACGAGAAGCAAUUUCAGUGCCAAAGCGGCGACUGCAUUCCCAUUCGAUUCGUUUGCGACGGCGAUGCGGACUGCAAGGAUCACAGCGAUGAACAGAUCAAGGAAUGCAAGUUUAUAGAGGCCACUUGCUCGUCGGACCAAUUCCGCUGCGGGAAUGGCAAUUGCAUACCGAACAAAUGGCGCUGCGAUCAGGAGAGCGAUUGUGCCGAUGGCUCAGACGAAGCCAACGAGUUGUGCAUGAACGCCUGUCCCAACAACGAGUUCAAAUGCCAAACGGUCGACCAGUGCAUUCCGCGCAGUUGGCUCUGCGACGGCAGCAACGAUUGCCGCGACAAGUCCGAUGAGGCCCACUGCAGAGCCCGCACCUGUUCACCGGAUGAAUACGCCUGCAAGAACGGCGAGGGGCAGUGUGUUCCUUUGGCCUGGAUGUGCGACCAGAGCAAGGAUUGCAGCGAUGGCUCUGAUGAGCACAACUGCAACCAGACCUGUCGCGCCGACGAGUUCACCUGCGGCAAUGGGCGUUGCAUCCAGAAGCGUUGGAAGUGCGACCACGACGACGACUGUGGCGACGGAUCGGAUGAGAAGGAGUGCCCGGUGGUCCCUUGUGACUCCGUGGCGGAGCACACCUGCACGAAUGGAGCCUGCAUCGCGAAACGUUGGGUCUGCGAUGGCGAUCCGGAUUGUUCCGAUGGUUCCGAUGAGCGGUCCUGUGCCAAUGUGACAAAGACAACCACGCCCUGUUUGCCACACGAGUACCAGUGCAAGGAUCGUAUCACCUGCCUCCAUCACAGUUGGCUCUGCGACGGUGACCGCGACUGUCCCGAUGGCGAUGAUGAGCACACGGCCAACUGCAAGAACGUGACCUGCCGGGCAGAUCAGUUCCAGUGCGGUGACCGUAGCUGCAUUCCAGGACAUCUCACGUGCAACGGGGACAAAGACUGCCCCGAUGGCAGCGACGAGCGGGAUUGUGGAUUCAGUUUGAGUCUGGGCGUGGCCAAAGGAGGCUGCAAUGCCACCAGUGAAUUUGAUUGCGGCGGAGGUCAGUGCAUUCCGCUGUCGAAAGUCUGCGAUAAAAGAAAGGAUUGUCCUGACGGGGAGGAUGAACCAGCUGGCAAGUGUGGGGUCAACGAGUGUGCUUCGAAGAAUGGAGGCUGCAUGCAUCAGUGCAUCGAUUUAAAGGUGGGUCACCACUGUGAAUGCCACGAGGGCUACAAGUUGUCAGCGGACAAAAGAAACUGCCAGGACAUCAAUGAGUGCGAUACCCCUGGAAGGUGCUCUCAGAUCUGCGUGAACGAGAUUGGAGGAUUCAAGUGCGAAUGCGAGGCGGGCUACAUGAGGGAUCCUAAAAAUCACACUAGAUGCAAAGCCAGCGAAGGACAUGCCUCCCUGCUCUUGGCCAGACGCCAUGAUAUCCGUAAGAUAUCCCUGGAUCACAUGGAAAUGACAUCGAUAGUGAAUAGUACAAAGGCAGCCACAGCAUUGGACUUUGUCUUCCGCACCGGGAUGAUCUUCUGGAGCGAUGUAACCACGCAGAGUAUCUACAAGGCUCCCAUUGAUGAGGGUAAUGACAAGACUGUUGUGCUAACCAAGUCCUCGGUGACCUCCGAUGGCCUGGCCGUGGACUGGAUCUACAACCAUGUCUACUUUACGGAUACCCACAAGUGCACCAUUGAAUUGACCAACUUCGAGGGCACCAUGGGCAAGGUUCUGGUGAAGGAUUCCCUAGAUAUUCCGCGUUCCAUUGCUUUGGAUCCCAUCGAGGGGUGGAUGUACUGGUCCGACUGGGGUGCCUCUCCUCGCAUCGAACGAGCUGGAAUGGAUGGCUCCCACCGUACCACCAUCAUUAGCUACGACGUCAAGUGGCCCAAUGGCAUUACUCUGGAUUUGGUUAGGAAACGUAUCUACUGGGUGGAUGGAAAACUUAAUGUCAUCUCAUCGGCAAACUAUGAUGGCUCCCAGAGGAGUCAAGUUCUCUACUCCGGUGAAUACCUGCGGCAUCCCUUCUCCAUCACCACCUUCGAGGAUAGCGUCUACUGGACCGACUGGGAUAAGCAGGCUGUCUUCAAGGCCAACAAGUUUACUGGAGAGGAUGUGGAGCCAGUCACGGCAAUGCAUAUGCUUCAACAUCCGAUGGUGGUACACGUGUACCAUCCAUAUCGCCAGCCAGAUGGCGUGAAUCACUGCCAGUCGGUGAAUGGCCACUGCUCUCAUCUCUGCCUGCCAGCUCCUAGGAUCAAUGAUCGGAGUCCUCGCAUAUCCUGCGCCUGCCCCACGGGCCUGAAGUUAAUGGUCGACGGCCUGAUGUGUGUCGAAGAUCCUCUUUACGUGGCACCAAUCACGAAACCACCCCGCGCCCGCAAAACGAAACCGAGACCGAAAUCCCCGAGGCGACGACUGCCCACGGGUGUCCAAAUGGGACAUGCUGACAUUCGGAUCGGAUUAAACGAUGAUCUCCAGCUGAGCACCAGGCUGCCCCUGUUGCCCGCGACUUUCGUUGCCGAACAGCGUCCAGUGAAGAACCAGACCCAAAUCGAAAAGACCACAACGCCCAGCGAGCAGCCGGAUUCCGGUUUUAUUGCGCUGGUGGUCAUAGCCAGUCUCAGUGGUUUUGCAGUCCUGCUAUCGGUGCUCCUGCUCAUUGGCUAUCGCUACUGCAGCAAGCGACGCAUCAACUCGAUGAACUUUGAGAAUCCUAUCUACCGCAAGACGACCACCACAGAGGAUCAUUUCAGUCUGCGGAAAAACCUGCCGGCCAGAAUCUACGACCAUACCAGUGUUAUGGAUGAGGAGUACUCACCCGUCAUAGGCAUAUCCUCGUAUUAGAUUGAUUCCUUUGGAAUCGUGUGAAAUGUGAAUCGAGUGAAGGAUUCUUUAGCUUGGUCGGUGGACAAAUUAGAUGACCAAAGCUGACUCGAGACCCGCGGCAGAAGAACACACACGCCUGAAGACUGAGCAACUCUGUGUAUUGUGUAAAUUAAUUAUUUUAAAAUUUUAAGGCACGGCAAGGACGGCGGGUCACCUUGGGGGUGCAUCCUUAAAGGAUGCUGUACAAAAUACUAUGUCGCAGAGUUCUAUCACAAAAAAACAGAAAAAACCUUAACGAAAAACGUAAAACAAAUCGAGAUGUUUAAGAGAAAUCUAAUUGCUAAUUAUAAAUUACAUAGUUCCAAACUGUAUAUAGCUGUAAGUGUGCAUUAUUUUUAAAUGAAGCAAAUUAAUAUUACUAUACGUAAACAUGACAAAAACGAUCAUAAUGCUUAUGGUCUACUAUUAGAAAGAGAGAGUUGAGAAAUUAUAUUUCUGUUGUCGAGGAGCAGAGCCGUUUUAUUAUACUACCAUUAUUACUACAUACGUAUUAGCCUUUUGUUAACUGUAUUUGUUAAGUGUACAUACAUAUGUAUAUGUUUCCCCACUAAAAAACAAAUAUUAUGAAUAAUAAACUCAGAAUAUACUUA